AUGGCACAGGACACCAUAGCCAUCAUCCCCAAUAUGGGUUACCAACCCUCGCGCCGCUACUCGGCCAAGGCCUGUCGCUGGCUCACCUCCCUAGACCCCAACAUACGUCAUGCUAAGAACGGGGGCGAAAUCACCAUAGGACCCUAUACGGUGGACGGCUACGAGGAGGAAUCCCGCACCGUGUACGAAUUUUACGGCUGCUACUGGCACGGGUGUCCCACCUGUUAUCCGAAUCUGUUGACGGAAACCCACCCCCACCGAGUCCAGCAGACGUAUCAAACCCUGUACGAGCAGACCUUGAAACGAGCCGCCGCCUUAGAGCAACAAGGAUAUACGGUAGUGAGCAUCUGGGAACACGAGUUUGAUCGUCAAGUCAAAAACAGUCCGGAGUUACAAACAUUCCUAGGAGACCUCGAUAUUCAGGACCCCGUAAAUCCGCGCGAUGCCUUAUACGGAGGUCGUACCAAUGCCACGCUCCUGUAUUGCGAGGAGGGUGACAUGCGAUACGUCGAUGUGUGUUCCCUGUAUUACGUGUUGAAAUACAGACCGUUUCCCAUCGACCAUCCUCAAGUCAUCACCAGCGAUUUCGCCGAUGUGAGAGAGUACUUUGGACUCAUUCGUUGCCGCGUCCUCCAACCCCGAGGUCUUUAUCAUCCCGUGCUACCCUACAAGACAGGCGGAAAAUUACUCUUCCCCUUAUGCCGAACCUGCGCCGAACAUCGCAACUUAGGACCCGACGAUCGAUGCCGUCACACCGAUUCAUCUUACAUCGACACUUUUCUGAAGAUCAAACAAGAAGCUUCCGGAUUUCCCGAUGAAUGUCAGACGCCCGAACAGAAACAAGAAUACAUCAGCGAGAUCCGGCGCCGGGAAGGCAUCUUCACGAACUUAAUAGACAUUGAGAAAAAACCCGUCCGUAGAACCAUUGCCAAACUCUUUUUAAAUUGUCUCUGGGGAAAAUUUGCACAACGAUUACAGCUACCACAAACACAGUAUUUAACCGAGGAAGAAGAAUUACAGAAAAAAUUACAAGAUGCCACUCUAGAAAUCAAAGGAGUCGAGCUGCUGGAAAAUCGAGAUCACCCCGAAGCCGGCAUGAUGCUGAUCAAUUACCAGGAAAAAGAAGAAUUUUUAGAAGACUGUCCUUUUGGCAAUGUGGUGUUAGCGUGUUUUACCACCGCAUACGCUCGUUUACAUCUCUACGAGACUCUAGAGCCUUUGGGGGAUCGCGUCCUCUACUUCGAUACCGACAGCAUCAUUUACCAACACGAUGAGAGUCGGUUCAACCCCACCAUCAUCAACAGUUUAGGCGGGUGGACCGAUGAAUUGAGUGGUGACCGCAUCGUCAAAUACAUGUCGGGAGGCCCUAAAAAUUACGCGUACGAGACCCAGGGCGGAAAAUCAACGUGUAAAGUCAAAGGACUGACGCUCAAUUGUCGAGUUUCCAGGAUCGUUUCCCUCACCACCUUAGAAAAAAUGUUGAAAGGGGAGGAAGAAGAAGUCCACGUGCGUUACCCCCACUUUAUUCAGAGAACACGACACCACGAUGUUCGUACCAUCCCCUUAGUAAAGAAAUACCGCGUAGUGUACGACAAACGACAGCGGGUUCACCAUUACAACACUCUCCCUUACGGUUAUUAA